AGUAAAACGUCUUUAGUCAGUCCGAUUGUUUUGUUUUGAAUAGUGAAAGAUGUGUUAAUUUGUGUUUCUGUAAAUUCAAUGUUUGUAAUAUAAAUAAUUAUGAAAAUUCCGGAAUUGCCAGAAGUUUUAUUUGACGAAUUCCCAUCGGAUAAUAGUACAAAGAUAUGUAUUUUCACCCAAGCACAGUAUCCAAUCCCAGACUGUUCGCAGUAUGUGGGGAAUGUUUUAUUUUUUUGCAACGAAACAACAUAUUGUUUUCUUGGUUCAUUUCCGAAGAAAAUGCCGUUUGAUCUUUUUCGACUGCAGCCAGAAGAAAACCAAUGGAUGCGAAUAGAUGAUACGAUUAUCAAUGGAUUGAAAAAAUCAUUUACAAUAACAUGUCUUCCUACUGGUAACGCUCUUGACUCCGUGAUGAUUUUGUUGCAUACAGAUGAAAAACCUAAUCAGCUCACUUUGUACACUGGCCAAUUCACCGAUUGUCGAAAUGUAUUACUAUCGAGCACAAUUGCAAGAAAAAAGACGAAAAUCUCAGACAUAUACCUCGACAACACAAUGAGCGGGUCACUGCACGAAGAUAUUGGACAAAACUAUCGUACAUGCGAAGACAUCAAAAAUGUCAUUGAUGAAUACCCGGAUUGCAGAGUUAUUCUUCAAACGGAACCACUUGAAUCAUUGGAUGUGUUGGUAGAAUUGGCUGCUCGAUAUCAAAUCGAUGUCAGAUUGAAUGGACUGCAACAAUUAUUCAUUCAUCGAACUAAGCAUAAGCAUUUAUUCAAAUAUAACUCAGAAGCACUUUCGCAUAUUAAAGAUGUCAACAAUGAAUUCAAAUUUGAUGGCCAGCCAAAAAUUUAUAUUCAAAAUUAUCAAGCACUUAGUUUGGAUACGUACAAAACAUUAUACCAGAGGAAAAAAAUUAUCAACAUUCGAUUAAUUGCGCGUAACGAUAGCGAUGCUGAUCAGAAGCAUGACGGUUUGAUUUAUAUCACACAUUUUUCACAUGCUGGCUCAUAUACUUUGGCCAAUCUGCUUCAAAUGAUAGAGCCUAAACGUGUACAUCCAAACAUAACUGAUGAAGUGGGUGAUGAUUCUAUGUUGAAAAUUCCAGAAGAAAUCUUGAAUACAGACUGUCGCAUUGUCAAUAACGAUAUCUCACGCGAAUUUCUUGAAGUAACGAUAAACGAUAUAACACGAGCAGCUAGACCACCAGAUAAGCACCGCACAAAUCGUUCAUUUCUUAAUCCGUCUACAUUAGAAGAGGACAACGAAUCAUUAUCGACUGAAAAGAAAAUUGAUGUCAAAGUAACUGAUAACGUUGUAAAGAUUGAGAUUCUUGGCGGUAGUGAUGACUGUAUUGUAAUUAGUGAUGAUGAAUCCGAUUGCUUGGAAUUAAAAUCCAAAACAGUGAGCAGAAAACGAUCCUUAUCGUCUCGAGAGCACAGCACGGUCAACUCAAAAAUAUUUAGACCAAAUGGGAAGAAUAUCAGCGAUACAUCAAGCGCACGCCACAAAGACAGAACCUCUAUUCUUUAUAAUCAAAGUGAUUCAACAUACAGAAAUAAUAGCGAUAGCAAUUACUCAGAAUCAUGUUGCGAACUCAUUUUUCCGGACUAAUUUCUCCUGUUUGAUGAACAAGCGAAAAAUUUAAGUUAAUUAAAAAAUUUGUAAGGUACUGUCCAGCACUGUGCCAAGAAAGUGUGUGUAGAAACAAUAUUAUAGAUAAUAAUUUUUUUUUUGAAUAAAUUGUAAAUUAUCAAAAUUGAAAUUGUAAAUUAUCAAAGAAGACUAGAAUUAAUAAACCAA